CAGAUGCUCGUGGAAGGCGGAGCCUCUUGUUCUGGAUUCGUCGUCUAUAAGCACACGUGACGCGCUGGAGUCGCAGGCGGAGUGCUGCAUCAGAGAGCACGGACUAUGGAGCUGAAGAUGCGGUUGUGUGUGGCUCUGCUCUCUCUGAGUCUCUGUCUGGGUCUCAUGGGUCAUGUGAGGGCGCAGGAGGAGGCCGAAGACGUGGAGAUGGACGUGGAAGAUGCUAUCGAUGACAUGCAAGAGGAAGAUGUUGAGGAAGAGGAAGAAAAAGCCCCCGGUCCCCCGCCGGUGCCCACGGUAACGUACAGAGCUCCAGAGCCGAUGGGAGAGCACUUCUUUGCCGAGUCAUUUGAUAAAGGAACACUUCAGGGAUGGGUUUUAUCCCAGGCCAAGAAAGAUGGCAUUGAUGAGGAAAUUGCAAAGUAUGAUGGUCAGUGGGAGGUGGAGGAGAUGAAGGACACUAAACUCCCGGGUGAUAAAGGCCUGGUGUUGAAAUCUAGAGCCAAGCAUCAUGCCAUCUCUGCUCUCCUACUGCGACCUUUCACCUUUGACACCAAGCCACUCAUCGUCCAGUAUGAGGUGAACUUUCAGACCGGCAUUGACUGUGGCGGCGCGUAUAUUAAACUGCUGUCUCAAAGCCCUGAUCUUGACUUGGAGGAGUUCGUGGAUAAGACUCCGUACACCAUCAUGUUCGGGCCGGAUAAGUGCGGUGAGGAUUACAAACUGCACUUCAUCUUCAGACACAAGAACCCCAAAACUGGCGAAUUUGAGGAGAAGCAUGCUAAGAAGCCCGACACUGACCUGCGCACAUACUACACCGACAAGAAGACUCACCUCUACACACUGGUGCUGAACCCUGACAACAGUUUUGAGAUCCUGAUCGACCAGACGGUGGUGAACAGCGGCAGUCUCUUGAGUGAUAUGACCCCCCCCAUCAACCCCCCGGCCGAGAUCGAGGACCCCGAUGACCACAAACCAGAGGACUGGGAUGAGAGACCCAAGAUCCAGGACCCAGAUGCCGUCAAACCCGAGGACUGGGAUGAAGACGCUCCUGCUAAGAUUGCUGAUGAAGAUGCUGUGAAGCCUGACGGCUGGUUGGACGAGGAGCCGGAGUACAUCAGUGACCCCGAUGCCCUCAAGCCAGAAGACUGGGAUGAGGAUAUGGAUGGGGAGUGGGAAGCACCUCAGAUCCCCAAUCCUGUCUGUGAAACGGCCCCCGGCUGCGGCCCAUGGGAGAGACCAAUGAUAGACAACCCCAACUACAAGGGGAAGUGGAAGCCACCCAUGAUUGACAACCCAAAUUAUCAGGGAGUGUGGAAGCCCAGGAAGAUCCCGAACCCAGACUUCUUUGAGGACCUGCACCCGUUCCGAAUGACCCCAUUCAGCGCCGUCGGUCUGGAGCUCUGGUCCAUGUCCUCCGAUAUCUUCUUUGACAACUUCUUCGUCACCUCUGACCGUACUGUGGCCGAGCGAUGGGCGGCUGAUGGCUGGGGGCUGAAGAAAGCAGCUGAGGGAGCCGCGGAGCCCGGUCUGGUGAAUCAGAUGAUAACCGCUGCUGAAGAGAGACCGUGGCUCUGGGUCGUGUACGUCCUGACUGUGGCUCUGCCUCUGGUGCUCAUCAUUGUCUUCUGCUGCACUGGAAAGAAGAGCUCAGAGUCCACAUCUGCUGCCGAGUACAAGAAGACAGACGCUCCACAGCCAGACGUGAAGGAGGAAGCUGAAGAAGAGGAAGAGGAAGCGAAGGAAGAAGAAUCAGAAGCAAAGAAGAGUGAAGAAGAGGAGUCCUCGGGAGAAGCAGAGGAGGCCGCAGGGAGCGACAGCAAAGACAGCGGCGAUGCAUCUGAGAAACCAGAGGACGACAUUCUGAGAAGGUCUCCCAGAAACAGGAAACCAAGAAAGGACUAAUGGACUUUCUGAAUCUGUUGAAAAGUGCAAAAGUUCCUCUCCUCUCCUCGUUUCCCAGCAUCCCCCUCCUCCCGCUCCAUCUUUCCUCCCCUCACUCCCACGUUCCCUCCUUCCCCGUUCUUCUUCUCCAUCCUUGCCUCCGUGAUGAUGGUCAGAACGAACGCAUGCAGUCCUCCAUUCGACCGACAGCCAAACAAACGUCUCCUCGGGUGGCCUUGAGGAUGUUGAUGGUCGCCACCGUGAUGAGGGCUCUCAAAUAGCAUAGAAACUUUCCCCAUAACUAAGAAGGAAACCACAAUCUUUGUUACCAUUCCUGAAGCGUGCAUCUGACGAUCGCAUAAAGAUCCUGUUCCUGCUCUCUGCUGUCUCACACACACACACACACACACACACACUUCCAGACAGUGUUCCUGAAGCCUAACACAUGCCCACUCUUGGUAUUGUAAGGUUUUCAGGCCAACAGCUUUAUUCCUGUGAUCUAGAAUUACUCAAGAAGCCAUAGGCAGUAGGAGAUCGAUUGGAUAUAUUCAUUAUAAACUGUAAGAUUUGCCUCUUGAUUGCUUGGAUACACACCUAGGUUUUAACACAUAAAUGAGAUGUUGAUCAUUUUGUGAUGGCGUAGACUGAGCGUCCAGUAAAAGGCCAGACGUGUCCUUCAUGCAGUCAGAUGUGGUGCAGGCGCUCAGUAAGGUGUCCAGGGAGAACGCCAGGUAGAUUCGUAGGCUCUAGUGUACUGCCUUACCUGAAGGACACAAGAUUUGCUAAUAUUUUUUUGUUUCUGUGAAUGUACUGUGAGUUUUGUCUCUUUUUCUUUCUUUAUUUGUUUUUGCUAUUCAAAUGGACAUUUUACUAAAUCCUGGAUUGCUGUAUAAAUGUGUUUUCUGGUCUUGAACUGAUGUAGAUCCUAACCUGUUCAGCCCAAUAACAGGACAAUUGACAGUUUUUACUUGGAAAGUUUUACUUUCUUCCCCUCGUAAGCGUUUUGUCUGAUCGUACCUGUCGAACCGUUUUAACGUUUCUCACUGUGAUGUCAUAUCCUGCCCAGCCAAUAUUAGCAGCAGUAGCAGCUUCCCAAUCGACUGAACACAUCAUUUUCACACCGUUCUAGAAUGAGGACUAAGUGACAGUUUAAUUAAAGAUAUUUAAUUACAUCUUUUUCAUAUUACACUAACAAGUGAUUAAAUAGGCUUCAUUUUUUGUAAAAAAUUUAUUUUAUUUUUUUAGUAAAUUGAACUGGUCACCUUUGAAAACCGUUUUCUAGUAAGUGUCACUCAAAGAGAAAACAAUGUCCUGGGUGUAAAGCAAGCUGUUGAAAUCCUUUCCUCAAGCAUGUCCCAUUGACUCCGCCCCUAAAUACUUUGACCCCAAAGACAUGAUAAAGGCACUAUUAGGGGCUGACCCUGAUCUAACGUGAACUAGUGUAUGUAGUGUUGCUUGAAGUUACUUUAUACUCUCAACAUGGCAAACCGGACUCGUCUGUUUCUGUUCCAUCGAAGCAGUCUGGUGAGACGCCAUAACAUGAGCUCUACCCCAAGACUGAUGAAGAGUUGGCACUUUCAAAGGUAACUGAGAAGAAGAAAAUAAUCACACAUGUAGGACAAUAUUUGCUGCUCUGCUGCUAAGAUCUCAUUUUGCUUUCUCUGAUGGGCAUCAUCUCAGACUGUAAAUGUCCUGUCUGCACACCUGUGUUUUGGGCUGUUUUUUGUCGUCUUUCUUUUCUUUGUCUUUUGGAUUACCAUUAUUUCACAGAUGUAGGUAAUGAUUAGUGUGGAUGGAUAGAAGGAUGGAAAAGCGUUGGAUUGAGUGAUUCACUGGCAUCACUGAAGUUGUGGAACUGAGAUCAUGAUUCUGGUCUUGCUGGGACGCUUUGGGAAAAGUCCAUCAUGUUACUCACAAACUAAAAUAAAAUAACGAUUUGAUGAACGAUCGA